AGAUAUUCAAUUUUUUUUGGGUAACAUGACUUUUGGGCCACCCUGUACUUUUUGAAAUAAAGUUUGAGUCAAUAAACAAAAAAAGUGAAACAUUUUGUGUAAGUAUGUCAACAUGAUACCUCUUGGUUUGCAGAAAGUUACUCUUUCUGAUUAAUUGCCUAUUUUGGAGAAAAAAUUCUGAUUUUCUUCUGAUUUUGAAAAUAAGAACUUCUGACUUUUAAGUUGUUCACUUGACAAGCCUGGUGCACACAUUUUAUUAAAAUUUCAAAUUACGAAAAAUAUAAAAAAUAAAAUAGAAAAAUAGAUGAAAAAGUAAAAGAGACAACUAACUACUAACUAGGUGACAUUCGACGAUACUUGAUAGGAAUGUUCGAUUCUGAUGCAGUAUCUGUCCCAUAGUUUCUACAAAGAAAGAAUAGUGAAUUAAUUCAGUACCAUCAAAUAAUCAAAGAGAUAAGCACAAAAAAGAAUGCUGGAAUAAUGGAAUAAAAUCCAAGGAUAUUCUCUCCAUGAGUUAUCAUCUAAACACUAUAUUAACAAAACAUACUUGACUUAUUUUUUUCAAUUAGGAGGACAACAACAACAACGACCAACAGUAUUGCGACAAGAAUUACCACAACUAGCACAAAAACCACCACCAUUAUCAGGAUCAAAACCACAAGCAUUACAACAGAUAAUAUCGCAAGGAAGACAACAAGCACGAAAAGCACGGCAAAUAGCAUCAAAACAACCACCACCAGAAUCAGUCAUUGUAUUACAUCGAGAAAUGAGUCUUGUCGAACCUAUCGGCUAUUCUUUAUUUAAUCAAUCUUCAUCGAAUACAAUCGUCAAACGUUAUACAAAAACUUAUAUCUUUGAUCGAUUGAAUAUAAUGAAUAAGAACGGAUUUAUUUCAGUCAAUGAUGUUCUUACGGCAUGGUUAACUUAA